GAUUUGUGCAUCUGGAUGGAGGACACAGACCUUGCUCUGGGCGAGUGGAAGUGAAUUCUGGAGGAGAGUGGAUUCCAGUAUCUGAUGGGAAUUUCACACUACCCACAGCCCAGGUCAUCUGUGCAGAGCUGGGGUGUGGCAAGGCUGCAUCUGUACUGGGGAACCUGCCCUUCAGAGAAGACAGUGAACAGGUCUGGGCUGAAGAGUUCCAGUGUGAGGGGAAGGAGCCUGGGCUCUGGUUCUGUCCCAGAGUACCCUGUCCUGGAGGAAGUUGUCCCCACAGAGAGGCUGUGCAAGUUGUCUGCUCAAGAUAUACAGAUGUUCGGCUCAUGAAAAAUGGCAGCUCUCAGUGUGAAAGUCAAGUGGAGAUGAAGACCUCUGGAGGCUGGAGAACUCUCUGUGCCUCCCACUGGAGUAUGGCCAAUGCCAAUGUUGUUUGCCAUCGGCUGGGCUGUGGAGUCGCCAUCUCCACCCUAAAGGGAGCAUACUUCAUGGAAGGAGGAGAUGAGAUCUGGAGAGACCAAUUCCACUGCUCAGGGUCUGAGUCCUUCCUGUGGAAUUGUCCUGUGACUGCCCUGGGUGUUCCUGCCUGUUCUCAUGGAAACACAGCCUCUGUGGUCUGCUCAGGAAACCAGGCCCAGAUGCUGCCCCAGUGCAAUGACUCCUGGUCUAACACAGCAGGCUCUGCACCCUCAGAGGACCAUACUGCCAACUGUUCAGACAGCAGACAGCUCCGCCUGGUGGAUGGGGGCAGUCGCUGUGCAGGGAGAGUGAAGAUCCUGCAGCAGGGAUCCUGGGGAUCCAUCUGUGAUGACAGCUGGGACCUGAGUGAUGCCCAUGUGGUGUGCAGACAGCUGGGCUGUGGAGUGGCCCUGGAGGCCACCAUCUCUGCUCACUUUGGAGAGGGAUCAGGGCCCAUCUGGCUGGAUGAGCUGAACUGCACAGGAGAGGAGGCCUAUGUGUGGCAGUGCUCUUCCCAGGGCUGGGGACAGCACAACUGCAGUCACAAAGAGGAUGUGGGGGUCAUCUGCUCAG